CACUAAUUCCCCACCUGAUCUCUGCAGAAAUACCGCAUCUUGCUGUACAACGGGGAUGUGGACAUGGCCUGCAACUUCCUGGGGGACGAAUGGUUCGUGGAGUCCCUGCAGCAGAAGGUGGAGGUGGCCCGGAGGUCCUGGAUCUUCAAGGACGAGGACGGCCAGGAUCAGAUCGGGGGCUUCGUGAAGGAGUUCGCCAACAUUGCCUUCCUCACCAUCAAGGGUGCCGGCCACAUGGUGCCCACCGACCAGCCACGGGCAGCCUUCAACAUGAUGCAGCGGUACCUCAACCGGCAGCCCUUCUAGGCCCGGGAGCAGCGCCUUUCCUGGGGAGACCAGCCCCCUCCCGCUGCCGCAUGGCUGCAAAGAGCGGCUCCUGACCGGCCUUGGGUGGGAUUCUGGAGGGUCUCUGGCCCUGGGCAGGUCCUCUGGCAGGGCCCUGUCUCCCCUCGCCCUUCUCUGCGCAUUUGCACUGUCCUCAGGGAGGAAGCAGGUCCCCUCGGUGGUGGGGGGUGCGUUUCUCAGCCUUCAUUCCGGCGGCUCUUGCAGGAGGAACUCGACGGGGGGUCAAGAGCAGCCAGGUUCUCUUUCCUGGUCCAAGCAAGCGAUUAAACUCUUAUUUUUCUAC